AUGGAGAAAUCUUGCUUACUCAUUGUUGUUGCGAUUCUGGCAGUAAACUGCACUGCACAGAUAGUUCUGAACUUGAACACAGAUGAUCAAGAAGCACUUCUUGCCUUCAAAUCCAGAAUCACUUCUGAUCCUCGGAACAUAUUAGCCAAGAAUUGGUCUGCUGACGCUUCUGUUUGUAACUGGAUUGGUGUCUCUUGUGGAGUCGACAACCAAAGGGUGACGGCCUUGAGUCUGUCUAACUUUGAACUCAAGGGCACCAUUGCUCCGCAUCUCGGAAAUUUGACAUUUCUUAGUUCGAUAGACUUUAGCCUCAACCAUUUCCGGGGCACCAUACCGGAUGAAUUGGCAGGUCUGCGUAGAUUAAAAAAGGUAAAUUUGGCGUCGAACAAUUUUGAUGGAAGCGUGCCGUCUUGGUUUGGAACCUUACGAGAGCUUGAGCACCUGCUUCUGAAUUAUAAUAGUUUUACAGGUACCAUCCCGGAAGAGAUUGGUAAUCUUACCAGUCUGGAAUCAUUAUGCUUGAAGUUUAACCAGCUUACAGGAACUAUACCACACGGAAUCUUCAAUAUAUCGUCCUUGAAAAUAGUUGAGUUCACAAAUAAUAGCCUGCACGGUAGCCUUCCUGCAUAUAUAUGCGACAAUCUACCUAAACUUGAAAAUCUCUCUCUCUCUCUGAAUCAACUCUUCGGAAAAAUUCCAUCAAACUUGUACAAGUGCAAGGCCCUUCAGAAUUUAUCACUAUCUUACAAUGAAUUCGAAGGUCGAAUACCACGAGAAAUUGGCGAGCUUGCCAUGCUCAAGAGAUUAUACCUCGGGGGAAACAAUUUUGAAGGAGGAAUUCCAGUGGAGAUAGGCAAUCUUACCCGUUUAGAGACAUUAAACAUAAAAGAUUGUUCUAUAACACAAGAAAUUCCGUCCUUCGUCUUCAACAUGUCUUCGCUGAAACUGAUUGACUUUGCUAACAGUUCACUCUCCGGAAGCCUCCCACGGGACCUUCAUUACGGUCUCCCCAAUCUUGAGCAGCUUUCUCUUCAGUCCAAUCGACUCACUGGUCAAAUCUUUUCCAGCAUAAUGAAAUGUGAAAGGCUUUGGGUCUUAAAUUUGGCAAAUAACCACUUCACAGGCAGCAUUCCUAAGCAAGUUGGAAAUCUAACUUCGCUCGAAUAUCUCUAUUUAAACAACAACAACCUGACAGGUGAAUUACCAGAUGAGCUUGGUAACCUAAAUCUUGUGGAAAUCAAUCUCCAUGAAAAUAAAUUAUUUGGCUCCAUCCCACCUUCUAUCUUCAAUAUCUCAACAAUGACAAUGAUGGAUCUUUCUUGCAAUCACUUUGUGGGCCAACUUCCAUCAAAUGUUGGACUUUCACUUCCAAAUCUUCAAAAACUUUAUUUACGUCAAAACCACCUCCGAGGAGUUAUUCCAAGCUCGAUUGCCAAUGCUUCUAAGCUUACUGUCAUAUCCAUGAACGAGAACUCGUUAACUGGCCCUAUACCAGAUCUUAGUAAUUUACAACUCCUGCAGCGACUUAUGAUUGGAGGAAAUAAUUUGACAGAAGAGUCUCCUAAUAAAGAAUUGGAAUUUGUUUCUUCCUUGACAAAUUGCAGAUAUUUAGAGAUAGUGGAAGUAUCAGAGAAUCAGUUUAAUGGUAUCCUCCCAGCUUCGAUUGGUAAUUUUUCCUCUUCUCUUCGUAUGUUCAGAGCAUUUGGGUGUAACAUCAAGGGUCUUAUUCCUAGUGAAAUUGGAAACUUAAGCAGCUUGGGAUCCAUAGAUUUAGAUAAUAAUAAGCUAACGGGAUUUAUUCCAUCGACACUGGGGAAAUUAAACCUCGAAGCAAUAUAUCUUGAGCAUAAUAGACUCGAAGGGCAUAUUCCUCCUGACCUGUGCCAGUUAAGCAGAUUGGGGGACUUGUAUUUAAAUGAGAACAUGCUCAAUGGAACAAUACCAGCAUGCUUGGGAAAGCUAAAAUCAUUGAGAAGAGUCUUCUUACAGUCUAACAGAUUCUCUUCCACGUUACCAAACUUCUGGAGCCUGAGUGAUAUUUGGGGUCUAAACUUAUCCUCAAACAUGUUAAGUGGAUAUAUACCAUCAGAUAUUCAAAAUUUGAAGGCCAUCAGACAUCUAGACUUAUCAUGGAAUCAGUUUUCAGGUGAAAUCCCAAGCUCUAUUGGCAGCAUUCAGUCUGUAGUUAAUCUAUCCUUGGCACACAAUAAGUUUCAGGGUCCCAUCCCUCAAUCUUUGGGAGACUUAAGAGGCUUGGAAUAUUUAGAUCUUUCUCAUAAUAAUUUUUCGGGAUCAAUCCCGAAGUCUUUAGAGGCACUCAGCGAUCUCGAGUAUUUUGACGUGUCUCACAACAGACUACAAGGAGAAAUUCCAACAGGGGGACGUUUCUUGAACUUUACUGCUCAAUCAUUCAUGCAGAAUGAUGGAUUAUGUGGUGCAGAUCGACUGCAAAUUCCACUAUGCAAAUCUCAGACAAUUCAAAGAUCGAGAACAAAGAAUGUUUUUCGGUUAUUGAAAUAUGUCGUGGCACCAAUCAUAUCAAUGAUCCUUGGGGCAGCUGUUAUUUUCUUGAUGAUUAGGCAAAAGUUGACCAAGAAACCACCUCACACUGAGAUUUCAUUAGGUGUAGAAUGGAGAAGGGUUUCUUAUCAAGAACUUCUGCAAGCAACCGAUGACUUCAGCGAAACCAAUGUGCUUGGAAGUGGAAGUUUUGGUUCGGUAUUUAAAGGGACACUAUCUGAUGGGUUAGUUGUUGCAGUAAAAGUUUUUAAUGUGCAAUUGGAACGAGCAAUCAAGAGUUUUGAAGUCGAGUGUGACGUCAUGAGCACCAUUCGUCAUCGGAAUUUGGUUAAAGUCGUCAGUUGCUGCAGCAACACAGAUUUCAAAGCCUUGAUACUAGAGUACAUGUCUAAUGGAAGUCUGGAGAAAUGGUUAUAUUCCCACAACUAUUGUUUGGAAUUGCUUCAAAGAUUAAAUAUAGCAAUCGACGUCGCAUUAGCUUUAGAAUAUCUUCAUCAUAGUCAGGAAAAGCCUAUUGUUCAUUGUGAUUUAAAGCCAAGCAAUGUCCUAUUCGAUGAAGAUAUGACUGCACAUGUUGGUGAUUUCGGUAUCGCCAAACUCUUUGGUGAAGAGGAGGCUGAUUUUCUAACCAUCACCCUUGGUACAAUCGGGUAUAUGGCACCAGAGUACGGAUCGGAAGGGAAAGUCUCUACAAGUAGCGAUGUCUACAGCUAUGGCAUAAUGUUGCUAGAGACAUUUACAAGGAAGAAACCGACAGAUGAAAUGUUCGGUGAAGAAAUGAGCUUAAAGCAAUGGGUGAGCGAAGCAAUACAAGAAAACUCGAUAAUUGAAGUUUUGGCCCCCGGUCUACUUGAAAGAGCAGAUGAGAAUUUCUUUGCAAAGGAGCUAUGUGUCGCAUAUAUUUUUGGUUUGGCAAUGGAAUGUUCCGCCAAUUCACCUGAAGAAAGGAUCGACAUGAAAGAAAUUUUGGCUAAACUCCAGAAGAUCAAAGCCACAUUUCUAGCAAGCACGAGAAGGCGUCACCACUAG